CACUUUUCUCACUCUAGCUGCAGCAAAGAGGACCAGAGCUUCCAACCAAAAUAUCUUGCAGAUCAAGUUACUUCAGACCCCCAGCACCAUGGAACCUCUUCUGUUACUCAGUCAACAAAAUCUCUUGAUUUUAAAACUCUUCGUCCUACUUCGAAAUGUAGAGGCACUUCACCUAGAGGAAGUAAAAAUUUCUCUUCUUCAUCAGAUACGUCUUCUUGCUCAUCUUUCUUCAGAAGAAGACAUUCUUUAUUUGCUAAAUUUCAGAAAAGCAAUACUUCACUUCAUUCUGGACAAAGUAGAGCUAACUUUGAUUCUCAAGAAAAAGGAAGCCUCCGUGAUUUAAAAUCUCGCUCGGCACAUUUUCGAUUUAGAUCUGGAAGUCUUUUCUCUGCCCCCAAACUGAAUGUAGUUUCCUGUUAUGAGAGUGCUAGUACUUUUUUUGAUACUCAUUCAAGUAGUCAGUACAUGUUUAAUCCAAAUGAAAUUGAAAUCACUUAUAAAACUUCGUAUAUUACUGAUGCUGAGAAAUAUAUAAGCUCUAGUUCACCUGCCUAUAACACUAAGCAUUUUAUGAGUUCUAAAACAAAAGUUGAUUCCUCAGCCCAUCGGAACACUGUUGCUAGCAUCUAUCAGAGCACAGAGACCAUCCUUACUGUUCCAACUAUAAUUUCCUACUCCUCUCAACAACAUGGAAUUGCCAGUGAUAUUCAAGAAAGAUACCAAUUAAAGAAAAAUUUCCUUCAUCCUGGUUUAAAAAGUUACAGUAGAAGUAAUUCUCCAGCUGUGGUUCAACAGCCUCCCGCUCAAAGUGUAACUCCCAUUAUUCUCCACAAUACUGGAUUUACUUCGUUUUAUAAAAAUGCUCGUAGCUUUACCCCAUCUCAAAAUGAAGUUACCUCAUAUCCUUUUGAAGAUGAAAACAAUGCUAUCUCGUCUAAAGAUGAAGACAAAUCUUCACCUAAUGAAAUUCCUAAAAUAAGGUCACCUCAGACUUUACCCUUUCUUAGAAGGGCAGCUCAAAUCAGAAGCUUUUCCCCCAGUCACAUCCUAUAGUCUGUAGAAGUCAAUGCUCAAUUUUCAUAGAAAUCUCCUCCCUUACUAAACUUUAUUGCAUAUUCUAAAAAAAAAACUACAUUGGAGUCUAAAUUUAACUUUAAUUCCUAUAUUUUUUGAAACAUAGUUUAUUAACAUUAUUGAAAUAUGGAAGUCAAAGAUUAUUCAUCUGUUUCAGGCUUUUAACAGAUUUACUGCUUAUGGAUUGACCAUUCCCAAAUUUCUAAGUGGCUGGUGUAGUAUUUCUGUGGUCUGAAAAUAGCAUCAAGCUUUGAUAUAUAGGUGUUCUAAAUGUAUUACAUUCUAUGAGAGUUUAACAUCUUUUAUUCUACUCUAAUCAUUAAGAUAGUGUUCCUUUAUAAUAUAUAGAGCCAUAUUCAUCAGUUCAUAUAUUCCUCUUUAUUUCAGCCAUGCUAGCUAUAUUUCUCAUGCCAAAUACCCCACUGAUAGACAGUGUUUUUGCUAAUACAAAGAUCAAAUCAUAAGUAAAAAUGUACUGUAGUGGAAACAUGUAGAAUAUAUUAAACCAGGUAUUUUAAUUAAAUAAUUUUAAUACAUAUUCAUAUAUGCAUAUGUCUGAGAAUUCAGGAGACUCUAAAAUCAGAGAUAAAAUAUAAUUAGUCUUUUUAUUUUUAAAAGUGAAAAUUUUCAGAUUUUUUCCAAAAUUUUUAUUUUUAAAAAUUUUAAAUAAAAUUUUUAUUUUAAGUGUCUCCAGGCAUUUUAUUUGUUUUU